AUGGCAUCUUAUUCUUCACCGUGUCGAUCGUAUCGGACGACUCGACUUCACAGGUGGGGACUUAAGAGUAUCCGCCGUCAUGGAGAGGCAGCUUCUGUAAAUCAAGAUGAUGUUGCCGAGGAAAGAGCCCGGAUCUCCAUUAUACUUCAACAAUACACGGCUGAGAAUACCUACAACUUUGACGAGACAGGCCUCUUUGCUUAUGCUCCUCCAGACCGCGGGCUUGCAUCCAAGCAAAUGAGUGGCAAGAAGACCAGUCGAUUUAGAAUAACUAUGGGUGUUUGCUGUAAUGCCAAUGGUUCAAGAAAGCACAAACUGAUGUUUAUAGGCAAGUAUUUCAAGCCUCGGUGCUUUCUUAAUGUACCUGCAAAAGAACGUGGCUUGGAUUAUCAUGCAAAUUCGUCAGCUUGGAUGACUUCGGGCUUAUUCCAACAGUAA